UAGGCUUCCGCUCUCCAACCAUAAGUUGAACUCAAUCAAGAGCCUAUCAAAGAGGAGCACUUUCUUUUAGAGGAUGGUUUGAAUCCAGUGGCCUUUCAAGCCGCGUCAAUUAUCAGCUGCUGAAGAGGAAUUAUCAGACAUCCUGCGAAAGCUGAUCUCCAACCAACGAGAGAGAACAACGCCUGAUUCGUUUUAUGUCAUUAAGUGGAUUGACAGCUGCAGUUACGGACCAAUCAAAGAGCACACAUGGAGAAAGGUAAUCCAAGUCAACUGAAAAUGUAAAGAAAUGGUUUCAUCUAUUUUCCAACCCUUGUGACCUCUAUUUUUACAGUUGGAAUGUUGAUAGUGAAGGAGAUAACCACCCCGAUGCCCAUCACAGCAUCUGAAAAAGAGAAUUUGGAAGAACGUUUUGAAAGAAAUUCUUACCCCUCGUAUUCUAGGAAGUCAUGCGAAGUACGAGCUGGGUCCUCUUUUAUGAUUGAUGAUAUAUUAGGAAGUAAGAAGACGCGCCCUAUCAGUCUCCCUGACAACCCCCGAAAGUUGAAAGACCGAUAUCCUUCUGGAUCGGCUGAUUUUCAAGACAAUUUCUCAAAUCCUAACCGUGAACAAUGUGCCAGUCCAUGUCAUUCAAUUUCGGUUCGUCAACCAGUGAAACCAACUCCAAUGGUUAUCUCUCCUCUUUGUUCCGGUUUCAUGAACUUUGGUUUAUAUUCUCCGGUGGGUCUGUCUCCUUCUGCACUUUUUUAUAAUCAAGACCACAAUGUGUUUACCUUUCCACCCAAUGACUUGAUGAAUCCUGUAGAUCCAAACGUCUUUUCUAUAAGAAACGGCCAAGUUCUGAGAUCUCCAGUGUUUCAUCCUUUUGAAUUUGCAAAUGCUAUACCAAAAGGAUCAAAUCUUGAUUCAUCACCAAGUUCUUUUGUAGCUCUAUCAAAUCGUCACUCUGAUUGUUCAAAUGACAGACCUCUCGUCUGGAAACACGUCUUACAUAGGAAUACUCCUAAGAGGAAAGGAGGGCAAAUUCGUUUCACAAGUGAACAGACGGGAAAGCUCGAAAAAACUUUCUCCGACCAGAAAUAUUUAUCUCCGACUGAAAGGAAAAGAUUGGCCUCUAAUUUGCGAUUAACGGAACGGCAAGUAAAAACCUGGUUUCAAAAUAGAAGAGCAAAGUGGAGAAGACUUAAACAGGAACAUUCUAAUCGUGGAAUGAGUCCAAAUUCUGAUGAGUCUAUCGUCGGCGAUCUAUCAGUUCGACCAGGAUUAAUUCACUACACGAGCAGAGAAGAAACACGUCCAUCCAGCACUUAAUUCAAUCUAUUCGGAAAUUUAUUGUUUAUUUUAUUUGUUUCAUUUUUGUAUAAUGCGAUGCAUUUUGUACAGUUCUCAGUUAGAGUCAUCAGUUUCAAAAAUUUAUAUUGUGUCAGAUGAAUACAGUUUAUUGUAAAU